CGCGAUUCGACCUCAACUCAAUCCAGCGACGAACCAUGGCUGCAGAAUCUUAUACUUCCGAUCAGCUUGAACUCUACCUUGCGCGCAUUGGAUUCGCCGAGUCCACCACUCUCGGCAGUCGACUGGAACAUGCCCGCCAACACAUGCACUGCAGCCCGCUGGCCACUCUGGCUGAGCUGCAACGAAGACACAUCACCUCAAUCCCCUGGGGUAACUCGGGGCUCCACUACUCAGCACAUCAUUCCAUCUCCAUUCGUCCAGCAUGUGUCUUUGAGAAAUUAGUUUCGCGUCGCUUGGACGGAUACUGCAUGGAGAACACCAUGCUGUUCUACCAUGUCCUCCGAUUCCUGGGAUACACCAUCUACCCAACUGGAGGCCGAGUGAACGUUGCGGCCGCCAAUGCCCCGAUCGAGAGCCACAACUGGUUCUAUGUAGGCUUGGGACACAUGGUAUUGAUCGUGACGAUUGGCGGCGAAAAAUAUGCGGUGGACGUCGGGUUCGGCAACAACGGGCCCACCAGUCCCUUGCUACUUAAGCACGAUGCCCCGUCGGUGUGCGUCGCUCCGUCGGAGAUGCGGCUCAUCUACGAUACUAUACCCGAGUUCGUGGACCGGACGCAGAAGGUUUGGAUCUACCAGAUCCGGCAUUCUCCGGACAGCAUCUGGAUGCCCAUGUACUCGUUCUCCGAGGUGGAGUUCCUCCCGCAGGACUUCGAAGUCAUGAACUUCGCCACCAGUCAGCGCCGAACAAGCUGGUUCACGCAGACGCUGGUUUGUACACGAAUGCUGCUAGACGAAUCCGGAACCGCGGUCAAAGGCGUCUGUGUCCUGGCCGGGAAUGAAGUGAAAGUGAGGGCAGACGGACACUCGGAGGUUGUAGAAUCCUUGAAAAGCGAUAACGACCGUGUCAAGGCGUUGGCUAAGUGGUUCGACAUGCAUCUUCAAGAGCAUGAGAUUGAAGGUAUUCGCGGUUUGGUAUCUCAGAUCAAAUAGGAUCUUUUUG